UACACAAUGUAUCUUGGAGACUGUUACCGAGUCAGCUGUGUCGACCAUCAGUGUCUUUGUGUAUGAUAAUAUCACGUCCACGGAUAUUUCAACGAAUUACAUCACUUCUAACCAAUACGACUAUGUAACUUAUACGACGACCGAAAUAUCUACGCUCAGUAUCACCACUACCCUCGUCCAAACGGCCCAAGUGACUGGCACCAUUUUCGAUGUCUCGGCUCUCACCAGCACCUCUUUUGAUGAGCAGUUCAUCACCACUUUGUCAACAACUACUCUUUUCGUUACGACUGAAGCAGAUAUUACACAAACAAGCUAUUACGGUGCGGCAUUGACCAGCACAUCCGUAGAAAUCCUCAUGGCCACAAUUAUAUCGACAUCGACCGAGUAUUCGACUCUCGAGGCUACGCAAACCAGCCUGGCUCUCGCAGCAAGUACUUCAACCACCCUGGAACUUUUCUCAGCAAGUCAGACCGAGUACAUCACUGAGACCCUAGAAAUCACAUCUACUGCCUACUCGACCAUUACAGAGACUAGUUUGGCUUUUGCUGCCCAGACAUCCACGUUUUUCUCCCUUGAUAUUAUUCCAACUUUUUCCAUUGAGUACAUCACGCUGUAUCAGAAUUACACUGCGACAGAAAUCUUCGAGCUUACAACUACAAUCUACUCGACCUUUGAAUCCGAUAUCACCCAGACUAGUACGGACUUUGCUGCUGCUACAAGCUUGGACGUGGUUAGCGCUAGCGAAACGCAAUUCGUGACGGUCUACCAGAAUUACACGGUCACAGAGACCCAAGUAAUUGAUAUGAGUAGUACAGUAAUAGACAUUUCGACUGCACAAUCCACGUUGGAUAUCAUCGCCACGGACUAUGGUCAAUACAUGGCAUCCACUCACGGGAAUAUCGAACGUAGACUGAUUGCGUUAAGUGCCUUCAACAGUCACUUCGUUGACGACGUUGCUCGUACCUCAGAACUUAACAGUCACAGAGACACUGCAGUUGACCAGCACAGAGUAUGUUGCUGCUACUGCCACAUCCCUAUCCACGCAAUUGGUCAUUCAGAACCAGACAAUCACUGAAACAAAUUAUGUGGCAGCAACAGCAACUCAACAAUCUACGAAGUCCAGACAGCGCUUUCUACAACAUCAAUCACUGUGGUGGACUCAUCUUUGGUCCCUUCAACCAUCACGACAGUCCAAGUGU